UUUUUUUUUAUUAAAUCUUUCUUUUCUUCUUUUCUUUUCUCUUCUUUCUCUCCCUCCUUCUUUUUCUUUUUAUUAUGCAAACAUCACUUGAAAUGGAUAACGAAAUUUACUUUUGUCGUUGGACAAAUUGUUCAGCGUCAUUUGAUGAUCCAGAGCACCUUUAUGUUCAUUUAACAAAUGACCACGUCGGCAGAAAAUCAACCGGAAAUCUCUGUCUCACUUGUCAUUGGGAAAAAUGCGAUGUGAGCGUCAUUAAAAGAGACCAUAUCACUAGCCACUUAAGAGUACAUGUACCUUUAAAACCACACCGUUGUCAGUUUUGUAGUAAAUCUUUUAAGCGCCCUCAAGAUUUGAAAAAGCAUGAAAAGAUUCACAGCGAACAACAUAUUUCUUCGCUUCGAUGCCACCAUAGAGCACAGCAUCAUAACCACCAUCCUUUGACACCACCUAAUAGUCAUCCAAGUAGAGAUGUCUCACCUGUAUUAUCUGACCAACAUCCUAUCUCACCUCCAUCAAGCACUUAUUCUGACGACAAUUGGAUGUUCAAUGGUGUCUCUCCAUCACAGCCUACACCUUAUGUUACACAGCCCAUGGAGAACAGUUUUAGUCCUGAUCAUGUUAUCAAUGACUUAUUUUUCCCUAUGGACAUGGAUGCAAAAUACGAUGCAAAUAUUGAGAACAGUCUUAAUCAGAUUCAGCAAUUGAUGGACGCAGGUGCUAUCACACAAUCUAGCUUUAAUUUGAAUAUCAAUAAUGAACAACAACUGUCUGAUGUGAAUGACUGGCUUACUCGUCUUUCCCAUAGCAUUGCUACCACCACUGCUCCUGUUGCAAACGCAUAUGCUCCAUUGUCUAAUUUUGCCCCUGUCGCACAAGAAAGUUAUACGCAAUAUCCUGUUGUUCCUUCACAAGAUAGAAUGUACCCUACAUCAUGCGAAGAAAAUGAACUUUAUGUUCGAUCCCAACCUAUGCCUCAACCUGUUGUACCUAGUCAGAAUAUUGAUGCAUUUAAUCCCAACUAUCUUGCUUUCCAUUCAAACCAAAUGCCACCAUAUCCUCAACAAAGCUAUAAUGUAGGAGUAACAGGCCAACGCCAACAUUAUGCUGCUGUACCCGACGUAUCAAACCACUAUUUCCAACCCGAACUUAGAACAGCUAUGAACUUUACCAAGGCACCACACAAUGCUGAAACUGAAAAAGAAGAAAAGACAGAUUCCUUUAAGCCAACUAAAACUGUCAAUUAUGAUGAAAAGAAACAAAUGGCUACUCUUAUCAACAGUUUUUCAAGUGUUGAUGGUCAACCCAAAAAACCACAAACAAAGCAAGAAGAGUUAGAAAGCACAGAAACAUCGAAACCAGACAUACUUGUUAGAGACUUGAUAACAAGUGACCUUUCUAAGCUUUCUUUGAAUGACACAAAACAAGCGGUUGAGAAAACAAAAGAUACUUUAUAUCCCACAGUAUCCAUGGCUAAUCAAAAACACUUAUUGCUCCUAAAGAAGCUAUCGACUUGGAUGAACGAAAACUAUCGUAAAUCCCAUACAAUGCCUAAUGCAGCCAAAAUGGAAAAAGUAGUUCACGAAUAAAGCCAUUUGUCAUUCUGAAUAUACCAAAA